UCAAAUUUCAAACUUACUCCACAAACAUCUGACACUGUUACACACACAAAGCGCACUCGCAAGUCAGGGCCGCAGUCUUUUCUCCAUUAAACUCCCCACCAAAAAAUUUCUUAUUCCCUCUUUAUCAACACACGCAUAAAUUUCAUCGCUGCGUAUAUAAAAAUCGCUAUUGCUCACUCUUGACUUCCGCAUUAUCAAAUCAAAUCACUCUCGAGAGCCAGAGAAGUACGGAAUGCGGUUAACCUCAAUGUGAUUCUGAUUCAAGGAUUUGUUGCGAACUUGAAAUUUUUCGGUAACAAUGGUGAGUUUGCAAGCGAUUUGGAGGCAUCCGGAUGAUUUGUAUCCGAUGGUGAAGCUGAAGCUGGCGGCUAGAAGGGCGGAGAAGCAGAUCCCAGCGGAGCCGCACUGGGCAUUUUGUUACUCUAUGCUUCAUAAAGUUUCUAGAAGCUUCGCUCUCGUCAUCCAGCAGCUAGAUACCGAUCUUCGUGACGCUGUGUGCAUUUUCUAUUUGGUUCUUCGAGCACUAGACACUGUUGAGGACGAUACAAGCAUAUCAAUGGAGGUUAAAGUACCUAUUCUGAUGGCUUUCCAUCGUCACAUAUACGACCGUGAAUGGCAUUUUUCAUGUGGUACAAAGGACUACAAAGUUCUCAUGGAUGAGUUCCAUCAUGUUUCAACAGCUUUUCUGGAGCUUGGAAGCGGUUACCAGGAGGCAAUUGAAGAUAUUACCAUGAGAAUGGGUGCGGGAAUGGCUAAGUUUAUAUGUAAGGAGGUAGAGACAAUUGAUGAUUAUGAUGAAUAUUGUCACUAUGUGGCCGGACUUGUUGGACUAGGUUUGUCAAAGCUGUUCCAUGCUUCUGGAAAAGAAGAUCUAGCUUCAGAUGCUCUCUCCAACUCAAUGGGGUUAUUUCUCCAGAAAACAAAUAUUAUCCGGGAUUAUCUCGAGGACAUUAAUGAGAUACCAAAGUCGCGUAUGUUCUGGCCUCGCCAAAUUUGGAGUAAAUAUGUUAACAAACUUGAGGACUUAAAAUAUGAGGAAAACUCAGUUAAGGCGGUGCAGUGCCUGAAUGACAUGGUCACAAAUGCUUUAGUGCAUGUAGAAGAUUGCUUAAAGUACAUGUCUGCUUUACGAGAUCCAGCAAUAUUUCGGUUUUGUGCAAUCCCGCAGAUCAUGGCAAUUGGGACACUAGCUUUGUGCUACAACAACAUUCAAGUCUUCAGAGGUGUUGUAAAAAUGAGACGUGGUCUAACUGCAAAAGUUAUUGACCGAACUAAAACAAUGACGGACGUGUAUGGAGCUUUUUACGAUUUUUCUCGUAUGCUAAAAUCAAAGGUUGACGAUGCUGAUCCUAAUGCUAAAAAGACAAAAGAGAACUUGGAAGCAAUCCUGAAAAUCUGCAGGGACUCUGGAACCUUAAGCCAAAGGAAAUCUUACAUAAUCCAGAGCAAGCCCCAAUACAAUGCAACUUUGAUAGCUCUCAUCUUCAUCAUUUUGGCUCUUCUUUUGGCAUACCUAUCUGCAACUCGACCAACUAAUAUCUGAUUGGGUUUUCAACCUUUGGAAAACGCUACUUAUUAUAGUUACCUAUACAAGGCAAUUCCUAAAAUAAAGAAUCUCUGGGGUACCACAAUCAGAUGGUGAUGAUAUGAAUUUCACAACUUAAGCAUUGGAGCGAGCGGGCCUAUUACACAAAUAAACUUAACGAAUGUUGCCUAGUUUUCUUGUGUAUUGGUAUCCCCGACAUGUAUCUCAGCAAUAGUCCAGGAAAGAGCUCCAGCUUAUGUUAAAGCUGAAGGAUGUGUAGUUUCGUUCCUUUUCAUUUAAAAGUUUGUACUUAGACAUGCAAAAGUAUAUUUUACAUCCCUUACGUCUGCUGUAUGAAAAUUUUCAGAGUGAUUAAACUUGUAAUUUUGUGCACAAGUAAAUAUGAUCUACGAAUUGAUUGUAA